AUGUUCUUCUCAAACAUGCAUCUCUUCUUCUUUUUCUUCUCCUUCUCUCUUUUAUCCUCUGGACACCCCUCUCUGCAACUCAACAGCACCGCAUUCUCACUCUCCUUCCCUCUCACGACACUCCCUCUCUCCACCAACACCACCUCCAAGAUGCUACACGACUCUCUCAUUGCAAACUCCAACCGCAACAGAAACAACACGCGAGUCACGAGGCCUUCUUCUCCGUAUAACUACAAGCUAGCAAUCAAAUACUCCCUAGGUUUAGUCGUGAACCUUCCCAUUGGGACCCCGCCACAGGUUCAGCCUAUGCUGUUGGACACCGGAAGCCAACUAUCGUGGAUUCAGUGUCACAAAAAAGCACCCAAGAGGCCUCCCCCAACGGUGUCCUUUGACCCUUCUCUCUCUUCCACUUUCUCUAUUCUUCCCUGCACUCACCCUCUGUGCAAACCCCGAAUUCCCGAUUUUACCCUCCCCACUUCCUGCGACCAGAACCGCCUCUGCCACUACUCCUACUUCUACGCCGACGGCACCUACGCCGAGGGCAAUCUCGUCAGAGAAAAAUUCACUUUCUCCCGUUCCCUUUUUACCCCUCCUUUGAUCCUCGGCUGCGCCACGGAGUCCACCGACCCUAGGGGCAUUUUGGGAAUGAACCGUGGACGCCUCUCCUUCGCUUCACAAUCCAAAAUUACCAAGUUCUCUUACUGCGUCCCCACCCGCGAUACCCGACCCGGGUUCACUCCCACCGGGUCGUUUUACCUAGGCGAGAACCCGAAUUCUCUCCGGUUUCGGUUUAUCGAAAUGUUGACUUUUUCUCCUAGUCAACGCAUGCCGAAUCUUGAUCCCUUGGCUUACACCGUUGCCUUGCAGGGGAUAAGAAUUGGGGGGAGAAAACUAAAUAUCUCGCCGGCGGUGUUUCGUGCUGACGCAGGCGGAUCGGGUCAAACCAUGGUUGACUCCGGAACGGACUUUACUUACCUUGUUAACGAGGCUUAUAAUAAGGUGCGGGCGGAAAUAGUGAGGGCUGUGGGGCCCAGAAUGAAGAAGGACUACGUGUACGAUGGAUCUGCGGACAUGUGUUUUGAUGGGAAUGCGGUUGAGAUCGAACGGUUGAUAGGGGGCAUGGUGUUCGAGUUCGAGAAGGGCGUGGAAAUAGUGAUUCCCAAGGAGAGGGUUCUCGCUGGUGUGGGGGGUGGGGUCCACUGCAUUGGAAUUGGGAACUCUGAUAAAUUGGGUGCGGCCAGUAACAUCAUUGGGAAUUUCCACCAGCAGAAUUUGUGGGUGGAGUUUGAUCUCGCCAAUCGCAGAGUGGGUUUCGGUGCGGCUGAUUGUAGCAAAGUGGCGCAAUAG